AUGUCUUCAACCAUGACCGACUCCAUGUCGAUGUCACUAAUGGAGUCAUCCUCCCCAGAAAAAGUCAUCAUCAAUGAUUACAAGUUGGCCUUCAAGUUCUUUGUCAAUAAAGACUUUGGAAAGUCGUACGCCAUUGUUCUGAAGCUUCACGAUCAUGCCUACAAAAACUUUGAGCUGGGAACUUUGAGCGAGGAGUACUUCAUCAAAAUCGUUACUUUGUACUUAACCGAGGUCGGACUCUUGAUCAAUCCUCGUGACUCUUCCAAUGCAUAUGCUUUGCCACGAGCAGAAAAGAAAGUGUUGAUGGACAACCUUGAGCAAGGAGUAUACUUAGACAACUUAUACAAAACGUACGGUGACAUCGCCAAGAUCCCGCUGGAGCUCCUCUUCCAAGUCUUUUUGGUGAACUACACCUGUCAGAAUCUCGUGGGUAAAGAACAUCCACCAUUGGCCAAGCACUUUAGAAAAGUUUACUCACUCUUGGAUUUCCAGUCCAAUGUCCACGAUAAGUACUUGAAGCGGUGGGUGGACAUGUAUGUAUUCAACGUUUUGCCAGAUGCAGAGGACUUCACCACGGCGUUUCGAAUUGCGGAGGAGAAUCCGCUUGUUGACACAGCCAAAGCCAAAGUCAAAUUGGAUGAGCUUGAACAACUAAAAAAGCAAGAAAAGAAGGUGCGCGAGAAGAAGGCCAAGGAGUUGCAGUCAAUGGAGGCAAAGCGGUUGGAACAUGAAAAUGCCACCAAGCGUAAAGCUAAGGACGAAUCUGACUUAAAGUUCAAGUCUCUCAAACAGAUCAGACAAGAGAGAGAACGGGACGAAAACAAAAGGAAACAAGAUGCUAGUCCCACAAGUGCGUCUCGCAGCUUCACUUUUGACCAGAUUAAGGCACGCUUAGAGUAUUUGAUCAACGCGUCGUCAAAGAUCGUUCAGAAGAACUCACCGGUCAUUUUGAUUGCCAUAGUACUUACAUUCAUCGUCACCCGAUUCCUUCGGACCAGACGUAUAAACCUCAGGGAAAAAAUCCUGGAGACUUUGCGUAUGGCAUUCAAGGUGACAUAUCUAUAG